CAAGCCAUAUUGAUAACAGAGAAAGUGAAUGAUCCGCCGGUAGGCACAAAUGAUGUUUAUUAAAUAGCGCACAUACUUAAUUGAUAUUUUUCUAUUUCUUAUCAGAAAUAAUAUGGCUUAUGAGUGGUAGUUACAGGGUGAAUUACCUACUGACAUGGAAUUUUACAAAGAAUCCAUUUUACAUAUGCUUCCAUUUUACUUUCCGAACCCAUUUUACUUUCUUUUUUAUAUUGGUAUGUACCUACAUAAAAAAGAAAGCUUAAUUAAAUAGCCUUAAGGCUCUAGCUGCAUAUUCCUACUUUAUUUUUAGAAUUGUAUUGCCUGAAAGUGGAAGAUAAACGAUAUUAGCCAUAGAUACGAGUAUACUCGGUCUACUUACUAUACUUACAAUAAAAUAUGGGUAUAAAAGUUUCUGUGCGGAAAAAUAUCGCUCACCUGCGAAUUAAUUGUUGUUUACAAACAAUUCCACGACACAAUCCGUCUGUUGUACCACGCGCGUCGGGCCAGUUCGUCUGAUAAGGUUUAAUCUGGCCGAGCUCUGCGGACAUGGAUCCGCCGAUAAUCGCCGAUCGCGGUUAUCACGCGUCCGCUGCUCGCCGGCGCGGGCGCAGCCGUCGCUCACUUUACUCCCGGCCGCUCCACAGCCGGCUGCCUGUCUCUUUACACGACUAUCUCUAUACUAAAUAUACGAUACAGAGGCAGUUGCAUCGAGCACCAUGCUUCGCGACAGCAACAUUGCGGUCAGCGAGGACGUGCUCCUCAGUGACGAGCUCCUCUUCGAGUACUCGCCGGCCGAGAGCCUCAUCAACUUCGAGCUGCCGAGCCUCGGCUCCGACGCCGACGACUGGCAGUUCAGUGACUUGGACAUUAAUUGUGAUGCGUUCGUGAGUAGUAGUGUGAGAAAUGCGGACGAUGCGAGAUCUCGAUCGCCAGUGUUAUUCGAUUUCGCCGAUUUGGACAAUACUUUCGAUUUCGAUGAGUUCCUGUUAGAAGCUUUGAGCAGUGACCGUUCGAAUGACGCGCUGCACUCGGGCUCCGAGGCCACGGACAGCAGCGAAGACUCACUGGGGAGGCUGUCGGUUCUCGGUAUAGAUUUAGAGUCGAUGCGAGUUCACGAAUGCAGCUACCAACCCGAGGAGGACGCGUCCAAGCGGGAGACAGAGCCGAAGACUGAGAAGCGAUCGUGGGGCGAGCCGCAAUUCUGUCCGACGAUGGGAGUGUUCCGGUGUCCGGUGGAAGAGUGCGGAAAGGUGUACGCGAAAGCGUCGCACGUGCGCGCGCACCUGCGGCGGCACAGCGGGGAGAAGCCGUACCGGUGCACGUGGGGCGGCUGCUCGUGGCGGUUCGCGCGCUCCGACGAACUGGCGCGCCACCGCCGCAGCCACUCCGGCGACAAGCCGUACCGCUGCGGCGAGUGCGGGAAGCGCUUCGCCCGGUCCGACCACCUCGCCAAGCACGGGCGAGUGCACGCACGCCGUGCCGCCGCAGCCGCCGCCGCUGCCGCUGCCGCAGCCGCCAACGCGGCCAGACGACCUGCCUCUUACGGGUACCGGACGCGAAGGCUUCUGUGAUGAUUAAUGAGUCUCAGCUAGAAUAUUAAUGAACCUUUAUUUUGCGCGGGCGCGAAAUAUUUAUUGUGAACUAGCCAGUUGUCAUUAAGUGUUUUGUGACAAUGUAGUGACUGACUAAUACUUAGAGCUUAUUGAGAUUUAAAUAAGUAACUUAACAACAACGCAUGCUAAUACAUGAGACAGAAUUAUGUAUAUUUGCAUAGUCAUAGCCGUCUUAGGAUUCAUGUGUGUUAAAAAUGUUAAAAUUAUCACCUAUGUAGGUAUGUUUAAUUAUUAUUUCUCAAGAGUUUGGAUUGAUUUACGUUUAAUUUUACUAGACUUAUAUGUAUGUAUUCACGGUAUUUUUUCAUGAGGCACCAUGUCUGAGAAUGAAUGACUUAAAAUUAUAGCAACCAAACAGUAAACGGGUUCUCACUUUAAUUUAAGUAUAUUUUGUAUAAGGUACCGUACCUCGAGACAAUCUCGGCUGGCAUAUAAUUUCAACUAAUCCGAUGGACAAUUAAUUAAUGGCACUAGUCUAAAUAGUUAAUAAUGUAAAAACAUGGGAAUGAAUUCAAUUAUAUACAACCAAAGACAUAUAUAACUACUCCGUAUAGACAGAUAAAGUCUAAGAAAAAAACGUACCUCAGUACCAUACAGAAAAAGGUACCACCGCACCACCGCCUAGAUGGAUGG